AGGAAGCCGACGCCAGCGCCUCCACCCCUGUCGUGGUAACGGUAGUAACGCUCUCGUACGCCCAUUUGGCCCGUGUAGACGUCGUUUAUGAAAUUGUUUUCCCAUCUCCCCACGCCUGAAUCCUAGGAAUGGCUAGAGAAUACGACCAUUUAUUCAAAUUACUAAUAAUCGGAGACAGCGGAGUCGGAAAGAGCAGCUUGUUGCUGAGGUUUGCUGACAACACUUUCACAGGGAACUACAUCACAACCAUCGGGGUAGACUUCAAGAUCCGCACACUCGAAGUGGACGGCGAGCGAGUCAAGCUGCAGAUCUGGGACACAGCCGGUCAGGAGCGGUUCCGCACCAUCACAUCGACGUAUUACCGAGGUACCCAUGGUGUGGUCGUGGUCUACGAUGUCACGAAUGGGGAGUCCUUUGCCAAUGUCAAGCGCUGGCUCCACGAGAUUGAGCAGAACUGCGACGUCGUCAAUAGGAUCUUAGUGGGAAACAAGAAUGAUGACCCAAGUAGGAAAGUGGUGCUAACGGAGGACGCACAGCGCUUUGCUGACCAGAUGGGCAUACAGCUAUUUGAGACAAGCGCCAAGGAGAACAUCAACGUUGAAGAGAUGUUCAAUGCCAUCACAAGGAUGGUGCUGAAGAGCAAGAAGGAGCAGAAGGAGCGGCAGCAGGUGCCCGAGGACAAGCUGCGGUUAAAGCCCGGUGGCCACAAGAAGAAGAAGCAGUGCUGCUGAUUGGCGGCCCCACCAGCAACCCUUCCGUGCAGCUCCCGUUGCCGGAAAACCUGUACAUUUGAAUGGGAUCGGGAGGAAGAGGACGAGGCUCAUUCCCUCCGAAUGCGGGAAGGGAGGGGAGGCUACAGCGUCUGCCAAGAGCUGCCAGUGCGGAGAAACUCUCGUCACCGCCGUUCGCUUUUUCCCCCUUUCUUUGUUCCAUCCUCCUCCUCCUUUGUCUGCUCAUGCUCUGUCUCUGCCCAUUGCUCACUGCCUCGCGGCACAGCGAGGCGUCGCCGGUGUCGAGGGGGCGGGUACUGCAGCGCACCAGGCAGUGAAUUUUUCUCCCGUUCAUUUCGCGUUUGCCAGUUGCGCCUCACUAGCCUAGUGGCCUGUGCAAAGUGCGCAUCUCGUGCACAACGUCCUGGCUUUCACUGCUGCUGUCGCUGCAAGCGUUGCUCGAGCCACAACCUUUCUGUCUGAAAGCUUAGUAUGGAUAAGCAUGCCUCCGAGCUGCGUUUGCAAGGACAAGCAGCUUGGUUCACUGUAAAUACGAGCGAGGGAGAAGUGCAGUCAGCAGGUGUCGGCAUGCAACUGUCUGCACCCUUAAAGCGUGUAGUGGUUGGCCGUGGGUGGCGGAUGGUGUUUGCAAGCAGACUCUAGCGGGGCUCCGGUGUGAUGCGGGCAGAGCACAUGUUUGCUUGAAAGACAUGGGGCACUAGCAAAAAAAUUGUGGCAGUACGAUUAGACGACACCACAGCUGCUUUCUCACUCGUUUUAUGUUUGCGAAAGCCUGCACACUUGCAUCUCUUCCCGGUCAGUCUGGUGGGCCAAUCGAGCACACAGUUCUAUGCCCCCCGAGUUCUUUUUUUUAUUUCACUGUAUGGCAGUGUUGUUUAGUAACCUUCGUUUCCUCUUUCCUGUGCCGGUGUGCUCAUAGCAACUUUCCCUUUUUUUUUAAUUAGUGCUGCAGGUGAUACAAGACUGAAGACUUUCAGGUAGGCGUUGUAGCAGACAGCUCCUUGAAGCUGUUGGGGCCAGCUGGGAAGAGAUUAUGACCUUUGCAUUUUGGAUCGGUCUUAGUCACCAAAUGUUUUGUUACACACAUAGCCUAAGCCUUGCUUCCCUUUGCAUGGCUCUUGUUUUUUAAGCUUCAAAUGCAUCAUUUUUUUCGCUCUCCAGUGUGCUUUAUCACGACCAUCACUCGCAUCGUGUGUUGUCGUUAGCAUCACCGGAUGUAAAUUGCUUUUCAAGUAGUAUUGCUGUGUUGCUGCAGAGGCAUCUAUAGCAUUUUUUUUGUUGUUGUUAUAUAAAGGCAGAUUGCUGUAGGUAUAUUUCGCGUCGCCUAGAGCACCUGACAGUGAGGAGUGAAUUUGUCGUGCCGCCAGAGAAGGUAGCGCCACAUCGCGUGCCACUCCGCAAGUUACAUGGCGUCCUGCAGGGCAGCGUACACUGCUACAUACUCCUCUUCUUGCCUCUCUCUCAGUUUUCUUCUCUCUUUGGGCAGAGUAGUAUUUUUUUUUACGAGUAUUUCUCACGCCUCUGCCGUGUCUCCUGGUUCGUGCAGGUCACACUGGUCACUUGAGCUGCAUUGCAUGUUUGCGCGGCAUUGUCAAUCACUGUGCCCGUAAACUGCAGCAGGAUGUACCAUAAAACUAUAGUUUUGUAGCGAGUGUGUUUUUGUUGGACAUUCUUUUUUUUUUUUUUGAGCAUAUUGCUUUCUUAGUUUGAGCGAGUUCACUUUGGACACGAUGGACAAGGGCCGUAGGCCCAUUGUACACGCAGUCUCUACUCAUGGUGAACGUACUUGCGCGUAAAGGUGUCCCGAGUUUGCCAGUGGGCUCGGUAGGAUUUAUAGUCUUAAGCAUGUUUUUUUUUCUUGCAAAUGUUUAUCACCCCAAAGGAGUUUGCACUGCGAUCGUGACUGCGUUGUUGAGUUUGUGGGUUAUGGUAAAUCUUCAUGGGUCAUUGUGUGAAGUGAAAAAAUGCAAAGAGAAUGUGCCGUGCACUGUAUUUUGUAAAGUGCAUAGUCUGCCCCUUUUUUUUCUUCUUCUUUUUGCGGACAAGAGUACAGAAAAAAAUAGGGUGGUGUUGCUCUGGACGCUUGGCAAAGUGCUGUGUGCGCCCCUGCAAAAGUGUGUGCGCACCACUGCGCAAAGAACAUUGAAAGUAAAAAAAAAGAAAAAAAAACAAUGCAUACAUUCAAUUUUACAGUGCGAAAUAAACAUAUUGAAUGACA